AUGGAUAAGCCGGGUACGUCAAAGGAAAUAGAAGAACAAGGCGAGAAUGAGUGCGCGAUUUGUUUAACAGAUUUGAUCGAAUUUGGCGAGAAAGGAUCUAUCCUGGCCACUCUCGACUCAUGCAGUCAUGUAUUCCAUCCACUUUGCAUUGAUCGAUGGCUACAGCAAACCACCAAUUGCCCAAUGUGCCGAAAUAUUGUGAAUAUCGUUUAUAUGAAGAAGGAUGGAAAGACUGUCAAAGAGAAGCGAAUCGAUACGAAAAAAGUUCAUGAUCCGCUGGAAGGCGAUGAUACUUGUUGUCAAAUUUGCGGCCGUGACACAAGCGGUGAUAUGCUUCUGCUUUGCGAUAACUGUGAUUUGGGUUUUCACACUUUCUGCCUGGAUCCUCCACUUGAUGAGAUUCCCAGAGGACAUUGGUAUUGUCCGACUUGUCGUCCGCAAAUGACAACGAGGAGACCGGAGACAAAUCGCGGCUCUCGAGUCAUCCCUCGAUCUGCUACUGCUCAACGAGUACGGGCACAGAUCAACAGUAUGAUUCGUGGCGGCUCAAGUGAUGAGGAGGAGGAAGUUCAGGAUCAGUAUGGAUAUCAAAGGGAUGGUUUUAUCGUUGAUGACGAAGAAGAGGAGGAAAGUGGAGAAGAAACAGAAAGUGAAGAGGAGGAGGAGGAGGAAGAUGAGGAGGAUGAUGGACCGACAAGGGUGAAUCGGAGAGAUCUACUUCGAUCUGAUACUGAAGAGGAAGAAGAAGGGGACGACUUUGACGAGAUUGAUGCUCAUGUGCUCGGAUCGGACGUCGAUGAUGACUUUGGCAACAUGGUCGAUGUCCCAUCUGUUCGGCCGAGGAGAAAGCCCAAGAAGCCGAGAGUUACAAAAAAGAAGACAAUCAAGAGAAAAUCGAAAACACCAAGAAAAAGAAAAACGAAACGAAGAAAGGGAAAGAAAAGGAAACCGACAACGAGAAGGCGUCGGAUUUUGGAGGAUUUCUUUGGAGCGCAACAAGCAAAAUCGAAAGAAGAGGGAAGACCUCGUGAAUCGCAGAAGCUCUCACUUUUUGGAGGAGACAAUCUUGGGAUCAUUGAUGGGGAACACACAGACGAGUACAGGGUGACCGCACUUUCCCGUCUAUUUGAUCGGCCAUCCGUUCGUCCAAAGAGUCAAGUGAAGCCGAAAUCAAUGGCAAAAUCGGAGCCACAGCAUAAUGCCCCAGUCGACCUCUUGGGCGAUCUCCUGAACCAACAAGCCCAAGCGCACGCUCCAGGAAAAUUCUUUCGUCAAAAGGGCGACAAAUUGGUGGCUACCAAUGCGUUUGAUCGAUAUCAAGCCGGGAUUACGGAGAGAAUGGAUGGGAGGAUUGCUAACGCUCUAGGGUUUGAGCAGCAACACACAAAGUAUCACUACAAUGACAAUGGAGAGGAAUCGGAGGGAAUCAUCGCACGACUCAAAAAAGCGCAGAAAGCUGAACAAAGUGAUGAAAAUGCUAAAGCUUCCACAAAUAUCCAACCAUCACGAGUACCGCCGAAAACUUUUGGUCAAAUGGAGGUCAAGGCUGCGACAGUCAAUCCACAAAAACCAGACGCUGGCAUUGAGAUCGGUUCAAAUUACAAAACAAACAGUCUCACCGCUAGGCCUCGCAAUUAUUUACCGGAAAAGAAGCAAAGCACAACUGCAGUACCCUCCUACACUCCAACAAUGAUCACCCCCUCGUCAUCGAUGUUUGUGGCCGAGAAAAAGAAAAUGCAAGCCGAACCAGCACCAUCUUCAUCUCAUUCAAAGCGUGAUGGCACACCAAUUGCUGUUGUUCCUCCAUUGUUGAAUGAAUCGUUUCACGCCGAGGAUUUUCUAGUUGAUAUUCAACCUGGAUUGAGAAAACCCAAGUACUUCCCCGAUUCUCCAGUGAAAAAGCUCGAUGAGGGAAAAAGAGAGAAAACGAAGCGAAAAUUGGACGUUCAAGAGGAGAACAAGGAGCCCACGAAGAGGGAGAAGCACGAAAAGCCACACAUCGUUUCCAAUUCCACUCAAGAGUUCUAUGAUCAAAAUUUGAAACUCGUCGAAGGACAUGUUGCCGAAAUUGUUAAACCUUUCUUUCGAGAGGGACGCUUGUCGAAAGAUGACUAUAAGAAACUAAUGAAAAAAACAGUGAAAUCGUUGAUGAAAGAUCGAGUUCUUGAUCCGCUAAUCAUUCACGAGAAAGCAAAUCGAGAAGUGAUCAGUUUUAUGACAAAU